GAUGUGCGAUGGUCUUUUGACUGUGUCUUGAUGGAAAAAUUCUUUACAUGCGGAUGUUUUUGAUAUGCCAAAGUCACUUUGUUAUAGAUGUUAUCUUUUCUCCUGUACAUAGUUGGGCAUUUGUUUUCUUUGACAAAUAUUCUUUGUGCACCAAUGCCCCUUGUAUUUUGCAAAUAUUUUCUGUUGUCUUUCAUAGUUUCAUGGGGAAGCUCAGACGGUGAUAUGUCACUUUCCUGAACUCCAGAAAAGAAUGUGGUCGAUAAAGUUAUUAGGGAGGAAACUGACUGGAACUAACUGCUACAGAAUGAAAAAUCAUUGGUCUCGAUUGUUUUCCUCCCCAAGUCUGUCAGUAAAUGGGAAGACUGUGUUUUAUCCCACAGACAAGAUCAGGAAUUUGGAGGAUUUUGAGAAAUUUGCUAGUCCUGAGGAGAAGGAGCUGUUACAGAAAGUUCAGUCUGAGUACCAGGCCCUCCGGGCAAUGGGCAGAUUAGAGGUUAGUUAUCAGGUCCUCCGGGCAAUGGGCAGAAUAGAGAUAGAGCUUUCAGAUCUACAGUGGUUGUUGCUGAUGAAUUUGGAUACGGCUAAGGCCAGGCGGAAAAAGUUUAGGAUUUUUCAAAUGAGGCAAAGGGAGAGAAUACUGGAUAAGGCAAGGGAAAGUGAAUCUGAAGAGAAAGAAGAAGAGUUAAUGCCUGCAGACAUCACACUUUUCUAUAAGCACAUCUACACCGCCACAGAGAGAUUGCUAAUCAAGAAUCGUGUUGCUCAGGCAAUGAUGCUAGAAGACCCCAUUCUGAUAGACUUAGGACUUACGGACAAAUUAGUUUACAAGGAAAUAUUAGCAGUGGCUGGGCAAAUUCAAUCAUUAGUGGCGGCCAUCAAUGCCUCUGUUUACGAACCAUCCCCGACACUGAAUGUUAUUCUGUGCAAUGUUAAACCUUCUGUUGAGGAAAACGAAGUCAUAAAGAUUCUCAGAAUGAGACAUUUGGGUAGAAAUGCUCGGCUGGAAGAUCUUCCAUUUUCCCUAGUGACUGAGAAAAGUUACCUAGAGUUGUUUCCGAGGGAAGAUUUAGUGUACUUAACGGAAGAUGCCAGGAAGUACUAUUAUCCCGGGGAUGAUGGGAUACCAAUCAUAGGGGCCAUGGAGGACCAGAAACGGUCUGAUAGCGCCAAAUUGUCAUUCAAAAGGGCAUUUAAAGAUGAUAUUAUUACCUGUAAACUUCCCUUUAAAUAUGACAAAACGAGAAGUAGACCACUGAGGUUAGCAUUAAACCAGAUUGUGGAAUAUGUAGCAAAACUAAACUUUACCCAUGAUCCUGUGCAAGCCGGUGAUGUUUUACCAUCCAAAAAAAGAAUUCAAAAUGACAAUAUAAACGAGGUAGAAGAUAAUGAGAAUGGCUGAAUUUUCAUCUUUUUUACAAUAAAUGUUUAAUACUGGUA